UAAAUAUCGAAGUUACUAGAAAAAACUUCAGAAGAUGAAGUAAACCUCGACCGUUAGAUAAGUUGUUUGAAGAACCCUCGAUGGUUGACACGUAUGCGUCCAGAGUUUUCCCUUUCCAUAAAAAAAGAGAAAGCGCCGACGUUAUUCCCAAUGCUUCUGAUGAUGAUGAAGAGAGGUUUACGGUUACUGAGUACCAGAAAUCUGAACUCCUCGCCGUUGAUUUACCGUCGUUAUUCUUCUUUCUCGACGUCUCCGUUAAAUGCGGCUCCCGUUAACUUAGCGGUAGAUGACGUGCAAUUAGGUGGGAAAGCGGAGAGUAGUGCUCCGAAUUUACUUCAGCCAGGUGUCAUUGUCUAUGACGGCGUUUGUCAUCUCUGUCACAACGGUGUGAAAUGGGUGAUUAAAGCUGACAGGGAUAGGAAAAUCAAGUUCUGUUGCUUGCAGUCAAAGGCUGCUGAACCUUACAUGGAUGUGUGUGAUCUUGAUCGAGAUGACGUUCGUCGUCGCUUCUUAUUUAUUGAAGGCCCAGGUUUAUACCAUCAAGGCUCCACUGCUGCACUGAGGGUUCUAGCUCACUUGCCAUUACCUUACUCUGCCCUGAGUGCUCUCAUGAUUGUACCUAAACCUUUAAGGGAUGCUGUUUACGAUCACGUUGCCAAGAAGCGGUAUAAAUGGUUUGGGAAGAGUGAUGAAUGCUUGGUCCUCCGGGAGCAAGACUUGUUUGACCGCUUCAUUGAUAGGGAAGAGUUGCUUGAACGUAGCCGAUCAGUUCUGUGAAUAGCUGCUUCAAUGAGUUAGAGAGUGGAGGUAGUCAUAAGGAAUUGUCAAUUGACAUUCUUUUGGAGUUUUUAGUAUGGAGUCAUCAGUAGUAUACUGCUUAAUACACUAGAUCUAAGCAUGAGUGUGGAGCACUGGGGAUACCUUCGUUUUUUGUCAUUGAUGAAGGUAUAACACGUUCAAGGGGAAGACACUGUCUAGUUACUUCUACAGGCUUUCUUCAUAGUAGGUGCUUUGCCAUGUUGGUUAGCCACUCGCAUUCAGUUGUACAUUUGAACCUUUUGGCUGUUGAGUGCUUAAUCAAUUCAAAGCAACUUUCGUUUCAUAAUGGUUUCCAUGGCUGUGUCUUCGUUCCCUUCCUUUACUUUGUAGUGUUUUCCGUGGCACUUUCUUCACCUUUUUGUUGUCUUGCUUUAUUUUGUUAUUAUGUUAUCUCGUUUACUUUCUACUAGCGGUGUCUCAUUAUUUAACUCAUUGAAUUCUUUGCACUGGA